GAUAUCAAAGUUCAAUAGGUCAUACCAAGGCGAACAAAGGAAGGGGAAAAAUAGAAUAAAAAAAAAAUCAGUCAUGACCCAAGUAGCCAAUGCAACGAUCAAGGUGUUUGAUAUGAAAAAGAGCAUGGUGAAUUAUGCUAUCCAAUGUGCCCACGAGAGCCUAACCAAAGGGAACAAUGAACAGGAAGUAGCAGCCUUAAUCAAAGCAGAGUUUGACAAGAAAUAUGGACCCACGUGGAAUUGUUUUGUGGGACGCAACUUUGGGAGUUAUGUAACGCAUGAAGAAAACCAUUACAUCUACUUUUAUAUAGGACAGGUUGGUAUCCUGCUAUUCAAGUCCUCAUAGAAAGGGUAGCACAUCGGGUCCUUUUUUUCCCCUGUCUCAUUAUCUGAAUUACUUUGUAUGUACUAUACGUAUUCAUCAAUAAUCAUAAAGAAAAA